AAAAGAAAAGAAAAAAAUACGAAAGGGAAAAAUAAUAAAUCAAAUGAAUAAUUUUAUCAAACUUCAGAUAAAAUAUCUGAAUGGGUUUAAUCGUUGUUUAUGUUUUUUUUUGUUUUUAAUUUUAUUUUAUUAUUUUUAAUUCUUCUCUUCUCGUAAUUGCACGAACGACGUUAUUCGAUGAUGGGGAUUCUUGUAAAUAUGCUUCAACGAAACGCACAUUAAAACUUAUUUUUCUACUUUCACAUUUACCAUGACGAAUAAAGUUAAAGGAUGGAAGUUACAAGCAAAAAAAUCGAACACGUACGUGUAAAUAUUAAACGCGUACUAUUAUUUAAUGAAAUAGUUCUAUUAAAAGAUAUUUUAAUAUUAAAUUCUUACUGAAGAAACAUUUUUGUAGGAAUAAAUAUAUUUUUUGGGUUCGAUUAUUACGCACAAGCAAAUAGCAAGUAUUACUAUCUAUCUAUCCGUUCCUUUUCGAAUAAAACAUCUCUUUCGUUUGAAGAGAAGAUGGAAAUAGACGAAAGUAAGAAGAUAAAUCCCCGUGUCGUACUUUGGAAAAAGGGUCUCGAACGUUAAACGGAUUUAUGGGAUUUUAUGGAGAUUUUUUUGCAAGAUGAAAGUAUAUGCCUGCAUUAUCUCUCUCUCUCUCUCUCUCUCUCCCUCCUUCUCUCUCUCACAUUCUUUGAAUCGAUCGAUCUAUCGAAAAGGUUGGGGGUGGGUGGAAGAGGAAAAGAAAGAGAAGGUUCAUACGAUUUUACUUGUAAAGCCUUAACCAAUUAGAAUUCUCGAAAGUAUAAUAAUUAAUAGACAUAAAUAAGACAUCUUAUUUACUUACAUAUAUAUAUAUAUAUAUAUAUAUAUAUAGUCACGUGAUAGAUACACACAGUUAUCUAUUCAUGAAAGCGUCGAGGUUGAGCUUUAAUCGAUGUAUAAUUAAUGUAAAAGAUUUCAAUUAGUGUCUCGUUAGUGUUUAUUUAAAUAUGUAUGUGUGUGAAUGUGUGCGUGUAAAUGCUAUGUCAAUGUAUAUGUCAAAAAAAAUAUAUAUAUAUAUGUGAGUCGGAUUGAGAGCCAAUGUAUGAUGUGGGUGGUACACGUUUUCGCGUAUGAUGAGCUCCCAAUGAUCGUUUUAUUUGUCCGACAAUGAUGAUGAUGAUGAUGAUGAUGAUGAAAAAGAAUACUCGUUAGAAGGAUACCAAGUUUUACCUGUGAGGUCUGCGGUAAUUUACAAUAUAUAUCUUUGGCAGCCAUUAGGAAUUUAUCUUUCAAUUAUGCAACUCUUUUAGAUCACGUAACUAAACGUAUCCGCAAGUAUUUAUUCGCGGUAACGUAACUACUGCUACUACUACUAUUACUAAAACCUAAUCGUCAUAGAUGAUGAUGAUGAUGAUGAUGACGAUGCUUAGUUGGAGAAUAAUUACAGUUCUCUUUGUAUAUAUUAUAUAAAAAUGUAGAGACGUUAUUAUCAUUUUAUCAAGUGUUAUAAUCGAAAAAUAUCUUUCGAGAAAUACACACAUACAUAGAGAGAGUGAGAGAGAGAGAGAGAGAGAGAGAGAGGAAAAAAGGACCAAGAAAAAGCUAAGAGGUAAACGUAUCUUUUUACGUAUCUGUCGUCGUUUUUGUCGUAGUAGUAGUAGUAAUAUUAGUAGUAGUAAAUAGUAGUAGUAGUAGUAGUAGUAGUAGUAGUAGUAAUGCACUUACACUCUCGCGGUACAUCUAACAAAAGUUUCUAAAUAAAGUAUAAAACACGUUUCAAGUCGUUUACUUAGAAACAUACGUACGAACAAAAAGAAAAGAAUAAAAAGAAAAGAAAAGAAAAGAAAAGAAAAGAAAAGAAAAGAAAAGAAAAGGAAAAACUAAGAAGAAAAUAAAAAGGUGUAGUUUAAUACAUUUUGAACAUCUUCGUCGAGUGAGAGUGCAUGAGGGAGGAGGGUGGUGCAAACUAUUCUGUAAGAGAAAAUAAUAUAAUAAUACUUUAUAGUUGAAACACGUUCAAACACAUAUCCGUCCUUAUUUAAUUUUUAUUGUGUUUUUUUUUUUUUUAAUUUUAUUCUAUCGUUAGUUAGUUAGUGUGUCAUUUGUCGUUUUAAUAAACAGCAUGAUACAAAGGUGAGAAGGUAUCUACGUUUCAUGUGUGUAUCUCUCUCUCUCUCUCUCUCUCUCUCUCUCUCAUUUUUGAAACGGGGUAAAGUAUAUACUUAGAUUAAUGUAUAUAGAAAACAUUCUGCGCGUAAACUUAUUUAUUUUUAAUAGCUGGCACACAACUAAAUACUACUACUCUUUUAUAAAUGAAUGUUGCAAAUUGAAAGUAGCGCACUUUAAUAAAUCGCUCGCACACAACACUACUAUUACUACUCACCUCAAGAAACAACACCGUUCCUUUGAAUAAACGUCAAUUUAUCAAUUUCAUUUAUUCGAAGUUGGACGACACAACGUACGAUUUACGUUCUCUCGAUUUUAAAACGUUUUUAUUACAAUAUAUAUAUGUGUGUGUGUGCCUGUGUGUGCGUAUAGGAGUUGUGUACUCUAGUUACUAUUUAUAAACAGAGAGGAAAGAACAAAAUAAUAAUAAAGAAGAAGGAAUAUAUAUAGAUAUAUAUCAAGUAAAGUGAAUUUUUUGUCAAAGUAAAAUCUAGUCGAAAUAUUUGACUUGAGACGUAAAAGGUCUGCGCGUUUGUUUAAGUAAUUGAAAAAAAAAAAAAACUGAAAAAAGAACAAAAAAAAAAAUAACAUUACAAUUUACAAAAUAAUAUAUAUAUAUAUAACACGCAAGAACGAGAUUAUCAAGUGAAAAUAUUCCGACGUGAACACAAAGUAAGAAAUACGAAUUAAAAAGAGUAUCCUUCUUGCGACAGAUGAGGGGCCAAAACGCGUGAUAGAAAAUAAGAUUAUGUACCUAUAUUGGACGUAGGUGGUACAUCAAACAAAUUGCAAACAUGUUGCGCUUACUUUGUAUAUGUUCGUUGUUAUUUGCAACGGGUCUCGUCAAUGGCGAGAUUAAAAAUAAAGGAUGGUGGAAGAAUGCAGUGUUUUAUCAAAUUUAUCCCAGGAGUUUCAUGGAUUUGAACAACGAUGGAAUUGGUGAUUUAAAUGGUAUUACUUCGAAAUUGGAACAUUUCGUUGAUGCUGGGGUUGAUGGAAUAUGGUUAUCACCCAUUUAUGCUAGUCCAAUGGUAGAUUUUGGUUACGACAUAUCAGAUUUCAGAGCAAUACAUCCAGAUUUUGGUACCAUGAAAGAUUUCGAAGCUUUGUUAGCAAAAGCAAAGAAACUUGGAUUAAAGUUAGUUCUCGAUCUCGUGCCAAAUCAUACGUCACAUGAACACGAAUGGUUCAAAAAGGCUUUAGCUGGUAUCAAAAAAUACAAGGAUUAUUAUAUUUGGAAAAAGGGACGAAAAAAUGACGGUGUAACACCACCAAAUAAUUGGAUCAGUGUUUUCAGUGGCCCUGCAUGGACGUAUAAUGAAACCAUGAAGGAAUGGUAUUUCCAUCAAUUCGAAUACAGGCAACCAGAUUUGAAUUACAGUAAUCCCGAUGUGCGAGCUGAAAUGGAAGAAGUCAUACGAUUUUGGUUACGUAAAGGUAUUGAUGGUUUUCGCGUUGACGCAGUUCCACAUUUAUUCGAAGUUGAUGAUCUUCGUGACGAGCCCAGAAGUUUUGAUCCAACUACGACAGAACGCGAUUAUGCUUAUUUAGAUCAUAUUUAUACUAAAGACGAUCCAAGAACUUACGAAUUAGUCCAAAGUUGGAGAAAAGUUCUCGAUGAUUAUGCAAAUGCCAAUAACGAGGAUGAAAAGGUGAUGAUGACGGAAGCAUAUACCGAUUUACAAAAUACUACGAAAUAUUAUGAUUAUGGUUCUCAUAUACCAUUUAAUUUCAAAUUGAUCACUGAUGUCAAUCACACCUCGAGUGCUACCGAAUUUAAAGAUACCAUCGAAUCAUGGAUUCGAGAAAUGCCAAAGAAUGGUGUUGCCAAUUGGGUGUUGGGAAACCACGAUCGUAGUCGUACGAUAUCGCGUUAUCCAAAAAGAGGUAAUCAAAUGCUUAUGCUACCAAUGAUUUUACCUGGAGUUGCUGUAACUUAUUAUGGCGAAGAAAUUGGUAUGGUUGACAAAAGAGACAUUUCAUGGGAAGACACCCAAGAUCCACAAGCUUGCAAUGCCGGAAAAGACAAAUAUUCUGAACGAUCUCGCGAUCCUAAUCGUACACCUUUCCAAUGGGAUUAUACCGUUAAUGCAGGUUUCAACAAUGGUUCUAAAACGUGGCUUCCAGUUCAUGAAAAUUAUAAAGUAUUGAAUUUAUUAGAUCAAACGAAUUCUACCGAUCAAUCCUACUACAAAAUUUAUCGAUCAUUGAUUAAAUUACGCAAAACAUCGCGAGUUCUUAAAGAAGGUUCAUUAAAAUUAAAAUAUCAACGUAUUGCAUCAAAAUUGGAACAUUUCGUUGAAACUGGGAUUGAUGGAAUAUGGAUUUCACCAAUUUAUGCUAGUCCAAUGGUAGAUUUUGGUUACGACAUAUCCAAUUUCAAAGCAAUACAUCCAGAUUAUGGUACCAUGCAAGAUUUCGAUGCAAUGGUCGCAAAAGCAAAGAAACUUGGAUUAAGAGUAAUUCUUGAUUUCGUACCGAAUCAUACGUCAGAUAAACACGAAUGGUUUCAAAAGGCUUUAGCUGGUGUAAAAAAAUACAAGGAUUAUUAUAUUUGGAGAAAAGGACGUAAUAAUGAUGGUUCAAUGCCACCAAACAAUUGGAUUAGUCGAUUCAGUGGUCCAGCUUGGACUUAUGAUAAAACCAUGAACGAAUGGUAUUUACAUCAAUUCGAAUACAGACAACCAGAUUUAAAUUACAAUAAUCCCGAAGUUUGUGCUGAAAUGGAUGAAGUGCUUCGAUUUUGGCUACGUAAAGGUGUUGAUGGUUUUCGAGUGGAUGCCAUUCCUUUUCUUUUCGAGCGUGAUGAUCUUCGCGAUGAACCUAGAAGCUUUAACCCAGAUACCACCACUCGAGAUUAUGGUUACUUAAAUCACAUUUAUACCAUUGACGAUCAACGAACCUAUGAUAUGGUAAAAAGUUGGAGAAAAGUUCUCGAUGAUUAUGCCAAUGCCAAUAAUUCGGAUGAAAAGGUGAUAAUGACCGAAGCUUAUACUAAUCUAAAAAAUACUACGAAAUAUUAUCAGUAUGGCGCUCAAAUACCAUUUAAUUUUCAAUUGAUCUCGGACAUCAAUCAAAAUUCAAAAGCAGAUGAUUUUAAAAGAAUUAUCGAACAAUGGAUGGAACAUACUCCAAAGAAUGGAGUUGCAAAUUGGGUGUUGGGAAAUCACGAUAAUAGUCGUGUUGGGUCACGUUUUCCAAAUAGGACUAUGCAAUUGAAUAUGAUGACGAUGAUUUUGCCAGGAGUUGGUGUAACUUAUUAUGGUGAAGAAAUUGGAAUGGUUGACAAAAGGGACAUAUCCUGGGAAGAUACGAAGGAUCCACAAGCUUGUAAUGCUGGAAAGGACAAAUACAAAUAUGAAUCUCGUGAUCCAGCACGUACACCCUUUCAAUGGGACAAUAGCAGAAAUGCUGGAUUCAGUAAAGCUAAUCGAACGUGGAUACCUGUACAUGAAAAUUACAAAAGAUUGAAUUUAUUAAAUCAAAAGAAUUCUAAAGAACAAUCGCUUUACAAGAUAUAUCAAUCUUUGAUUAAAUUGCGCAAAACAUCGAGUGCUAUUAAAAAUGGUUCAUUGAAGGUAAAUGUGUUGAAGCUUAACACGGAUUAUUGUUAUAAUUGCGAGGUAUUAGCUAUCAAUCGAGAAGUACCUGGAGAAUCAGUAACUUUAUUAAUGAGUUUCUCACCUGUGAUAACAACUCGUGUUAAUUUGAAGGAUGUAAUGACCCUUUAUAACAAUACCUACGUUGAAAUCGAUGCAUAUCAUACUAAAAGAUUUAAAAAAUCUCACAAUUUCGCAUAUCUUGCACCUUGGCAAGCAAUGAUCUUAUCAUCUAGCAAUUAAAUUUAAUAAACCAAUUUAUAUAUAUAUAUAUAUAUAUAUUGGAUGUUUUAUAUGCAAAAUUUUAAAUUGGAUUUUUAACGAAAUGCAGUACGAGGGUCGUAAAACGAAUGAUCUUGUAUAAAAAUUUGUAACAGUAGGAAAACUACAUAAAUAAAAGGAACUUUACUAUCCAAUUGACGCAUAGAAAAAUCCUAUCUCGUUGCUGAUAAUUAUCUACUCUCC